CUGUCGUAAAAUGAAGCAAACCCUUACAACUCUGGCCCUCCACUGCUAAACAGGCGUGGAAGUAGAGAAGCAUUUCUUGAUAUAUGAACUGUCUUCUAUUAUCUUAUUGUGUUUAUCAUACACAUAUCUGCGCAGUAAGUCCGGACAAGCUUUGUGGAAAUUGAGGAACGCGGUAACCGUUACAGCGACCAACGAGGAUGUUUAAAAAAUUUGAUGAUAAGGAAAAUGUGUCGAACUGUAUCCAGCUGAAAACAUCAGUGAUCAAGGGCAUCAAAAAUCAGCUAUUGGAACAGUUUCCAGACAUCGAGACAUGGCUCAAUCACAUAAUGCCAAAAAAAGACCCUGUCAAAAUCGUGAGAUGCCAUGAACACAUUGAAAUCCUGACAGUGAAUGGAGAACUGCUCUUCUUCAGACAGAGAGAAGGACCAUUCUACCCGACCCUCAGACUGUUGCAUAAAUAUCCUUUCAUUCUUCCCCACCAGCAAGUAGACAAAGGAGCCAUUAAAUUUGUCUUAAGUGGAGCCAACAUCAUGUGCCCCGGGCUGACGUCGCCAGGCGCUAAACUCUACCCAGCUGCAGCUGACACAGCAGUUGCCAUAAUGGCGGAGGGAAAACAAUUUGCACUUUGUGUUGGCAUUAUGAAGAUGUCAGCAGACAGCAUAGAGAAAGUCAACAAGGGAAUUGGUAUUGAGAACGUUCAUUAUCUGAAUGAUGGAUUGUGGCACAUGAAGACGUAUAAAUGAUGACAUCACCACCUGCAACGCCUGCCCCCACACCCCUCCCCCACAGAAAGUGCGGUGCUCGCAUGGGCUCCACGUCACCUGUUUACACCUAAGGACUUAGCUGUGUAACCUGCUGAAGGCUUUGAAUUAUUUGCCAUUAUGCACAAAUAAAUGAAAGAUCUUGCUUUAAACCUCAA